AGCAUCAUUUUAUCUCCUUUCUACCAAGCCAAUAUGAACAUUCGCAUCAAUCCUUUUAUAUCUCAAUUCGUCCCUAACAUGGUCACCCUUGCCCCAGAGAUUGCUGAUGCGAUGGAGAAGGCCAUCAGCAAUGCCAAAACUUUGUUGAGAGACGUCGACUUAGAUGUGGGUAGUCACAAUGACCGCCGUUUGUGUCCCGCCAAGGGACGUCAGCACAAAAUCUUUCACCAUCCUGAACUCAAUUACGAGGAAUUCUACGCGCACGAUGCUCUCGUCGAAGUGCUGAAGAAGCUUGGCUUCAAAGUCACCCCUCGCGCAUACGGCAUUCCUACAUCUCUGGAGGCAGAAUACGGGGAAGGCGGCCGUCUCGUCGUCUUCAACGCCGAGUACGACGCACUCCCUGAGAUCGGCCACGCCUGCGGCCACAAUCUCAUCGCAACCGCAUCUCUGGCGGGUUUCAUCGCUACAGUCGCCGCUCUGAAGGCGUCCGGCCAACCUGGACGUGUGAAACUUCUAGGUACUCCGGCCGAGGAAGGUGGUUGCGGAAAGGGAAUGUUAGUCGGCAAAGGAGCAUAUGACGGUGUCGCGGCCUGCGUGAUGGCCCACCCAGCUCCAUUGUUCACCUACGGCAACGAGGGGAGACACGGUGACGUGUUUGUCAAUCAUGUUUCCGCCACCAGCUUCAGAAUUAAGUUCAAGGGCAAGGCUGCACACGCUGCUGCCUCGCCUUGGGAGGGCGUGAAUGCCCUCGACGCUGCUGUCCUCGGCUACAACGGCGUCAGCAUGAUGAGGCAGCAGAUGACAAAGGACUCCACCGUCCACGGCAUUUUCACUGAUGCCGGCGUCAAGAGCAACAUCAUUCCCGACUUUGCAGCUGUUGACUACACCGUGCGUGCGCCGACCAUUGAGAAAACCAAGGAGCUGCGAGACCGCGUCGUUGCAAAUUACCGCGCUGGCGCCAUUGCCACAGGCUGCGAGAUGCAGGUCGACUAUGAUGUAUUCUAUGCGCCCUUGCGCCCGAACAAGCAGCUUUCUCUGGUGUUUGCCGAGGCUGCGGCAGAUUUGGGCAUCCCCAUGUGGUGCGACGUGGACACGAAGGAGGUCAUCUCUGGGGCCACCGACCAAGGGAAUGUUGGCUGUGUUGUUCCUGUCAUCCAUCCCAUUUACGGGAUUGAGGCUAAGGAAGGCCAGAGUAAUCACACUGCCGGCUUCACGGAAGCUGCCGGAGCCGAAUCAGCACACGAACGAACUCUUAUCAUUGCCAAGGCUUUAGCAAGGUCCGCAUGGGCUGUCUUGACCGACGAUGAGAUUGCAUUCAAGGUUCAACGCGAGUUCCAAGAGACAACCAAUCCCGAUGAAUUGCGUCGUCUGUUUGUCUCGCCAUGA